CGCCCGCUUCCUGAGGCUGACAUUUCUCCCCAGACCCCGAGGAUGCGGGUCAUGAUGCCUCCAACUCUGCUCCUGCUGCUGUUGGGGGCCCUGGCCGUGACCCAGACCUGGGCGGGCUCCCACUCCCUCAGGUAUUUCUACACCGCGGUGUCCCGGCCCGGCCUCGGGGAGCCCCGCUUCAUCUCCGUGGGCUACGUGGACGACACGCAGUUCGUGCGGUUCGACAGCGACGCCCCGAAUCCGAGGAUGGAGCCGCGGGCCCCGUGGGUGGAGCUGGAGGGGCCGGAGUAUUGGGACCAGGAGACGCGGAACGAGAAGAACAACGCACGGAAUUCCCGAGUGAACCUGAACACGAUGCUCCGCUACUACAACCAGAGCGAGUCCGGGUCGCACAACAUCCAGUGGACAUAUGGCUGUGACUUGGGGCCUGACGGACUCCUUCUCCGCGGGUACACUCAGUGGGCCUACGAUGGCGUGGAUUACAUCGCCCUGAACGAGGACCUGCGCUCCUGGACCGUGGCGGACACCGCGGCGCACAUCACCCGCCGCAAGUGGGAGGUGGACAGUGCAGCGAAGGACUGGAAGAACUACCUGGAGGGCACGUGCGUGGAGUGGCUCCUCAAGUACCUGGAAAACGGGAAGGAGACGCUGCUGCGCGCAGAAUCUCCCAAAACACGCGUGACCCGCCACCCCAUCUCUGACCGUGAGGUGACCCUGAGGUGCUGGGCCCUGGGCUUCUACCCUGCGGAGAUCACCCUGACCUGGCAGCGUGAUGGGGAGGACCACACCCAGGACACAGAGCUUGUGGAGACCAGGCCUGCGGGAGAUGGGAACUUCCAGAAGUGGGCGGCUGUGGUGGUGCCUUCUGGAGAGGAGCAGAGAUACACGUGCCAUGUGCAGCACGAGGGGCUGCCCGAGCCCAUCACCUUGAGAUGGGAGCCAUCCUCUCAGCCCUCCAUCCCCAUCCUGGGCAUCAUUGUUGCUGUGGUUGUCCUUGUGGUCACUGUGGUGGUUGGAGCUGUGAUCUGGAGGAAGAAGUUCUCAGGAGGAAAAGGACCAAGCUACUUUCAUGCUGCACAUAAGUAUGGAGGAGGUGAUCCCUGAAACCUGGAAUAGUGUAGACAGGACCCCAUGGGGAGCUCACCCCCAUCCCCCUGCCCAUAGCUGCUCCUUUAGUCUCAGCUCCUGUGGCUCUGAUCUCAUCUUGUUUGUUCUACCCCAGGCGAUGACAGCACUCAGGGCUCUGAUUCAUCUCUAAUGGCUCCUAAGUUGUGAGACCCGCUGCCUGUGGGGCACUGAGCGAUGCAUGAUCUGUUCACACCCCCACUUAGUGACAUCGAGAUCCCCUGAAUUCCUGCAGAUGGUGUCAGAAUGUGUCUGCAUUCCUAUAAGCAUAUCGUGAGGACUCAGGAGACUGUCCCCCAUGCCCACCAUGACCCCUCCCAUACUGAUUCAUGUUCUGUCUCCAUUCUUGUCUUUACUUCAUGUUGGACUGAGUACUGACGCCUUACUUCCCUACUGAAAAUGAGAAUCCUGAUAGGAAUUUGUGUUUUGUAAUUCUUAGUAUGUGGGCAUGAUGAGGUAAUAAAAGAGAGGAUUUGUAUGGUUGGAAGAGAAAAUAAAUGAAAGCCCUGAGAACCUUCCA